AUGACGAAGGGUCAACUCAAGAAGUUGAAUGUGAAGCUGGACUCGAUCCUAGAGCAUUCUAACACAUUCUUUUCAACAAAGUGGGAGAAUCUGUUCACCACUCACAGGGCCACUAUUGAGAUACUCGCCUCCAUAAAUGCGAAAUUCAUUGAAGAAUCCUCCAAGGUCAUCCAUAAUUCUAAAAAGAGGAUUUCUGAAGUGACUAGAAACGUCGAAAAACUACAUCAAGAGGAUAAUGAAGCUUCUAGAUUAGGAAAAGAUAAAGGUAAAGGUAUUUCAGAAGAAGAAAUUGAUGAAAAUGCAAACAUGGCUGAGUCAGAACAAGCAGAAAGAGAGAAAAAAGACAAAGACCUUGACGAACUCAAUGCUCUUCAGAAGAAAUUAGAGGCAGAAGAAUUUGAAGCAAAGAAUGCAUAA